AUGUGCACGGAGGUUGACUGGGACCGUGUUUGGCAAGAGGACGUGUCAGGCGUCAGCGGAAGUGUCCAUGCCUCCUUGGAGGUAAAGAACACCUCUGCCAGUGGCCGCGGGGUCUGGGCCGCUGCGCCGCUGAAAGCUGGCGAGCUGCUUGUCGCCGAGCGAGCCCUGGCCGUUGCAAAGGAGAUGGACCUCAGCCAGGUUCUUGUCAAGAUGCAGGCGGACCUGGCCCCGUUGGAUUGGAAGCGACUGAACUUGAUGUGUGACGGAGAAGACAUGCCAGCCUUUCCGGGUGCUGUGCCGUUGCCAGCAUGGCCGAGGGAGGCAUAUCCGCGUUGUCCGGAGCGGUGCAGUCCAGAACAUGCGAUCUCACUGCAACGAAUGCGUCGAAUUGUUGACUUGAACGCCUACAGGUGUGCGUCCCCUGUGAGUGAGUAUGCGUUUGUAGACGGUGAGCCGCAGCGAAGCGAGGAGGAACGUCAUGAAAGCUACGGUGUGUUCCCUGUAGCAUCUUUGUUCAACCAUACCUGCACGCCCAACAUGUCGAAAGUGUUGUUGGCAGACUGGGUGUUUCUGAGGGCGGCGCGCGAGAUCUCACCAGGAGAGGAGCUGACCCAAUUCUACUGCGACAUACGCAUGCCGGUCGACAUGAGGCAGAAGGAGUUAAAGGACCUUUUUGGCUUCACCUGCGACUGUCCCAGGUGCUGCUUCGAGCUGUCACUUCAGAAAGCAGAACGAGGCCUGUUGGAGCCUUGGACACGCCUGUACAGCUCGGAAGUUCCCGGAUUUCACGACAGGGGGCCGAUCCAGAUAUCCCAGCUUGAAGGCAUCGUUUGUGAAGCAGAAGCUGCGGCCAAGAUGGCAUUGCGGAGAGGGUCAAAGGAGGCCUCUGCCGAAUCCGAUGAAGUUCGCGAAAAGUGGCUCCUGUGGCCGUUAGUCCCAGCAUUCCAGCAGCUGGCAAUGCGUCUCCGGUUGGAUGGCCGGCGAGCCGAAAGCAUGGAUUUCUGGGAACGCGCAGAGUCCUUGGCAAGGGCCGUGGUUCCACUCUCCAACAUACAUCUCCGCAUCCAUGCUGAAAUGCUUCUCACACGGUGCAGCAAGGACUUGCUGGAGCAGAACCUUCGGAUGGUGGCCGCGGCGUUUGGCGGUGGUGCAGCCGUGUGGCAGAGACUCUUUGGCUUUAGGAUGACAAAAGAAGUAGCAGAUCUAGCCAAUACCUUCAGCUUGGUGCCCGAGCCUGCCAUGAUUUAUUACCAAUGGACGAGGUUGCCCAGCACGACUGACAUGCUAACAGUGUGGUCAGCAGCUUUUGAGCGACAGAGUGAGAUCGCGGUGGAUGUCUCGCCUGACACGCUACAUGUGAGCGCUCCAGGUGCGCUUGAGAAGACUAUAAGACAUCACUUCAAGACUGUCGAUUCCAUCGUCACGAAGUUCUCGAAGCGCAGGCGAUGCCUGACGCUGCAGAUCCCGUCAGAGGCUGACAGUGCUGGACCGGGCGGAGUGGAAAGGGCUGCCGCAACAAGUUGA